UUCUAUGUUUUUUCUUUCAAACGACUAUUUCGCUGCUACUUUCACUUUGAUUCCGGCAAUUUCCAGGAAAAGUACAAAUAACACAACAAUUUGGAACAUAAUGGUCAAAAAUAUUUUUCAUAUUCCCUUCAGAGUCAAAUUCAAAAUGCCAUGUUUAUACUUUUCUUCACCGCGUCCUUCUUCUAGAUAUCAUUAGUUUUGACAUUGUUUCUAGUUUACUAUAUAUAAUUUUGCAUAUUCUUUUUGUUUUUCACUUGAAGCUCUUUCAUAUUUUGACCCUUUUGUUUCUUUUCAAUAUUUUGUUUUCAUUUCUUCUUUAAAAAAUACCCUUUGGAUUUUUAUUGAGUUGGGAAGUGAGAAAAUUGAGAUUUAACUAAAAAAAUUGUUACUUGUGUUCAAAGGGUUUCUUAAUUAUUGUGUUUAUGAUGAUUUUGUUUGUUAUUGACUAAAGUCAAGUGCUUUUUGUCUAAGGUGGUGGUGGGGUAGGUUUUUGAGACUUUAAGGAAAUUUACAAAUUUGUCUGUUAGUUUUAGGGAAGAUAAAAUCUCAGUGGCCCUUUUUUGUCAAAUAUUUUUUGGAUUAAUUCAUCAUGAAGAUGAAGAAGCUUAAUUUGAGUAAGAUCUAUUCAUUUAAAUGUGGUAAAAAACCAAACUUUAAGAGAGAGCAUUCACAGAUUGGAAGACAAGGGUAUUCUAGGGUUGUUUUAUGUAAUGAACAACAAGAUAGAUUUGAAUCAGGUUUUAAGGAUUAUGCUGAUAAUUCUGUUAGGUCAACAAAAUAUACUUUUGCUACUUUCUUACCUAAGUCAUUGUUUGAGCAGUUUAGGAGGGUAGCUAAUUUCUUUUUCCUUGUUGCUGGUAUCUUAGCUUUCACAAAACUUGCUCCUUAUACUGCUGUUAGUGCUAUUCUUCCUUUAGCUGUUAUAGUUGGUGCAACUAUGGUGAAGGAAGGUAUUGAAGAUUUUCGUCGGAAAAAACAGGAUAUUGAGGUGAACAAUAGAAGAGUUAUAUGUCAUAAAGGUGGUGGCAAUUUUGAAUCUACGGAGUGGAAGAAUCUCAAGGUAGGAAAUAUAGUGAAGAUAAAGAAGGAUGAAUUCUUCCCUGCCGACCUAUUACUGAUUUCGUCCAGUUACGAAGAUGCAGUCUGCUACGUUGAAACCAUGAACUUGGAUGGUGAGACAAAUUUGAAGCUAAAACAAGGUUUGGAAGUAACUUCUUCAUUAAAUGAGGAAGUUAAAUUCCAAGAUUUCAAAGCUGCUGUCAAAUGUGAAGAUCCAAAUGCAAAUUUGUACUCUUUUGUCGGGACAUUGGAUUUUGAAGGGCAAAAAUAUCCACUUUCUCCUCAGCAGCUUCUUCUCCGAGACUCAAAACUUCGUAAUACAGACUUCAUAUUCGGAGCAGUCAUCUUUACUGGUCACGACACGAAGGUUAUUCAAAACUCCACUCCCCCUCCUUCGAAAAGGAGCAAAAUCGAGAAGAAGAUGGAUAAGAUUAUCUACUUCUUAUUUGGUGUUUUGUUUUUAAUUGCCUUCAUUGGAUCUAUUCUCUUUGGAAUUGCAACUAAACGUGACUUGAACAACGGAAUUAUGAAAAGAUGGUAUCUGAGACCAGAUGAUUCCACCAUUUUCUUUGAUCCUAAAAGAGUCGCCGCAGCAUCUGUUUUUCAUUUCUUGACGGCCUUAAUGCUAUACAACUUCUUCAUUCCCAUCUCCUUGUAUUUCUCAAUAGAAUUGGUUAAAGUCCUUCAAAGCAUCUUCAUUAAUCAAGAUAUUAAUAUGUACUAUGAAGAACUGGACAAACCGGCUCUUGCUCGUACUUCAAACUUGAAUGAAGAACUCGGCCAAAUUGACACAAUCCUUUCUGAUAAAACUGGAACUUUGACUUGCAACUCGAUGGAGUUCAUCAAAUGUUCGGUUGCUGGGGUAGCUUAUGGCCGUAGUGUCACAGAGGUUGAGCAAGCCAUUGGUGGUAGGUCGGAACUGGAAUCAAUUGAUAUCAGGGAAGCUAAUGAUCGAAAAGAACCAAUCAAAGGUUUUAAUUUUAUUGAUGAAAGAAUAAUGAAUGGAAACUGGAUUAACGAGCCUCGUGCAGAUGUUAUACAGAAUUUUUUUCGUUUAUUGGCUGUUUGUCAUACCGCCAUGCCGGAAGUGGAUGAGGAAACAGGAAGAGUUUCAUAUGAAGCUGAAUCUCCUGAUGAAGCGGCAUUUGUGAUUGCUGCAAGAGAAGUGGGUUUUAAAUUCUACAAAAGGACCCAGAACAGUUUAUCAAUGAUAGAGUUGGAUCCGGUUUCUGGCAAUGAAGUUGAAAGGACAUACAAAAUUCUCAAUGUUUUAGAAUUCAAUAGUUCAAGGAAGCGAAUGUCAGUGAUAGUUAAAGAUGAACACGGGAGAAUUUUGUUGCUCUGUAAAGGCGCUGACAGUGUCAUGUUUGAAAGGCUUGCCAUUAAUGGAAGGGAGUUUGAAGAAAAAACUUUGGAACAUGUGAGUGAAUAUGCUGAUGCAGGUCUAAGAACACUGAUACUUGCCUAUCGUGAACUUGAUGAAGAAGAAUACAACGAGUUUGACAAGAAAUUUUCCGAAGCGAAAAUUUCAAUCACCGUGGAUCAUGAAUCAUUGAUUGAGGAAAUAUCAGAAAAGAUUGAGAGGAAUCUAAUCGUUCUCGGUGCCACUGCUGUAGAAGACAAGCUCCAAAAUGGGGUUCCUGAGUGUAUUGAAAAGCUUGCACAAGCUAGAAUUAAGAUAUGGGUUUUGACUGGGGAUAAAAUGGAGACUGCCAUCAACAUUGGUUUUUCUUGUCGCUUGCUUCGACAAGGAAUGAAACAGAUUAUAAUUCAUUUAGAAAUGCCUGAAAUUCAAGCAUUAGAGAAGGAUGGAGGAGACAAGAUGGCUAUCAUGAAGGCAUCAAGAGAAAGUGUGUAUCUUCAGAUAUCUGAAGGUUCUAAACUGCUUUCUGCAUCUAAAGGGAACUCUCAGCAAGCAUUUGCUCUGAUAAUCGAUGGAAAGUCACUUGUUUAUGCUCUAGAGGAUAAUAUAAAGAGCUCGUUUUUAGAUCUCGCAACUCGCUGUGCAUCUGUUAUCUGUUGUCGCUCAUCGCCAAAGCAGAAGGCACUGGUUACUAGAUUGGUCAAAGAAGGAACUGGUAAAACAACAUUAGCUAUCGGUGAUGGAGCUAAUGACGUGGGAAUGCUUCAAGAAGCUGAUGUAGGUAUUGGAAUCAGUGGUGUUGAAGGAAUGCAGGCCGUCAUGGCUAGUGAUAUUGCAAUUGCACAAUUCCGGUAUCUGGAAAGAUUACUUCUUGUACAUGGACAUUGGUGCUACAGGAGGAUGUCCACCAUGAUAUGUUACUUUUUCUACAAGAAUAUUACAUUUGGUUUCACUCUAUUCUUAUAUGAGGUGUAUGCAUCAUUCUCUGGACAGCCUGCAUACAAUGACUGGUUUUUGUCUUUCUAUAGUGUCUUGUUUUCUUCACUUCCUGCCAUUGCCCUUGGGGUCUUUGACCAAGAUGUAUCUGCUAGGUACUGCGUCAAGUUUCCUAUCUUGUACCAAGAAGGUGUACAAAAUGUCCUAUUUAGGUGGCGCCGAAUUCUAAGUUGGAUGCUCAACGGAUUCAUCAGUGCCAUAAUAAUUUUCUUCUUCUGCACAAAAGCAAUAGGCCUUCAAGCCUUCGACGAGAAUGGAAAAACCGCUGGAAAAGACAUACUAGGAGCAACCAUGUAUACUUGUGUUGUUUGGGUUGUAAACCUACAGAUGGCGCUCGCUGUGCGAUACUUCACCUUGGUACAACAUGUUGCCAUUUGGGGUUCUAUUGGUAUUUGGUAUUUAUUCGCGUUUGCUUAUGGAUCGUUGCCUUCAAGCUUUUCAACAACUGCUUUCAAAGUCUUCGCUGAGACUCUUGCUCCAUCGCCUUCCUUUUGGAUUCUCACAUUAUUUGUCGCGGUUUCUUCACUUAUACCAUACUUUUCGUGCUCCACGAUUAAAAUGUGGUUGUUUCCUAUGCAUCAUGAAAGGGUACAAUGGAUGAGGUAUAAGGGCAAGAAGACCACUGAUACUGAAUAGUUUUUUUUUUUUUUUUGAGGUGAUACUGCACAGAAAAUUAUUUGCUUCCACAACUACUAACUUUUGUGAAUAUAUGUAAUUUUGACAUUUUAGAAUGUAAAGGAAAUAUAUAACAACGGUUUGUAGUUGAAAAUGGGAGAUAUAGCUUACGUAGGUCAUUGUUUUAGAGUGAUUACAAAUUCAUCAUUAUUUUGAUUAUACCAAAUAAAUAAAUUAGUUUUGAUAUUUAA